AUAGAUGGCGAGUAAAACUAAAAUGUGGAUGUAUUCCAUGUUGGUUCACGCACGAACUCUCCAAAAUUAUUGACAUGUAAUGGUUAACAAAAAGGAACAAGUUGGCAAAUUCAAAACAGAGAAAAAAGCGAAGUACACAAUUUUAAAUUAACAAUGUUAGAGUGUCGUUAGUAAUUUUAUGUAAAACACAAACCGAAAAAUCACAUAGUAAUUUGUAGUGAUUCGAAAAUGUAGUAAUUUAAGUAUACACCAUUAUAAAUUUUAUAAAUACUAGUAUUUGUUAUUAUUGUCCUCCUGUAACCUCAAAUCUCACCCUCGAAAGAACAAAAAAAAAUAAGAGUAACUUAAAAUGGAUAACACACAAUAUGUUAUUAAUACCGUUAGAAAAGAUAUUAUUGAUAAUAACUUAAAAGUCAAAGCAAUAAUUCAAGAUAUAAAUAAUUGUCAAGGUCCUCUGUCGGUUUUGGAAGAAUUGAAUAACGCUGGAAGGCAGAAAAUUGCCUCUUUAAGAAAGCAUAUUGAACAUUUAAAUGAAUUAGUGAGUGAAUGUAAUGAUGAAGAAUUGGACAAUGAAAUUGAUACGCACCGUAAACAGUUAACUUCUACUUUAGCAGCAUUUCGUAAAGCUAACAUGAAUGCAAUGCUUACAAUCGAAAAAGCAAACUCAACUGAUUUAUUUGAUACAAAUAAAGAUGAAGACACAUCAUCAACCGUCCGUAAACGUACAGCAGCAAAUGCUGGUAAAGCUGGCCUAUUAAAAGUAAGCUCAAAUGUCACUGAUCAAUUGCUAUCAAUUAGUCGACAAUUAGCUGAUACAACACAACGUAGUGCUGAUACUCUUGAUUCAUUAGUUAGUUCGUCUUCAAGCGUACAGGGAACGAAUGACGAAUUAAUAAACACAAAGGGUACUAUAGGACAAAGUGAAAAAUUACUUGCUAAAUACGGACGUAGAGAAUUUACAGAUAAAGUUCUGUUAUUUUUUGCGUUCUCAUUUUUUCUUGCCUGCGUACUUUAUAUCGUCCAAAAAAGAUUGUUGUAAAUAAUUUAUUAAAAUAAAAAAUAUCACUUUCAAAAGCAAAAUGCAGAAAAACACGACUACAACACACAAAUAAAAACAUCAACA